UCUCUCUCUCUCUCUCUCCUAAAAACAAGAACAAUCCCUUACCAGCUCCUCUGCUGAAUUUCAGCCCCCCUUUCCUUGUCUUCUUGUCAUGAAGAUCAGAACAGCCGCCCUUCUAGCAGGGAUUCUCGGAGUUCUUGGGCUCCUUCUCUUCCUUGUAGCGUUUGGGACAGAUUAUUGGCUCCUGGCAACAGAGAGGUGUGGAGGAUUCGAACCUGAGAACAGCACCCUUCACACUGAGGAGCAUGGGAGGAGAAAUGGGACAGAAGGCAUUCUUACCUUUCACCAUGAAGGUUUCUUUUGGCGGUGUUGGUUUUUUGGUGAAGAUUACAAGGAGACCAUAUGGAACUUCUGGUUUACUAGCCAAGGACAUCCAAAAUAUUGCAUGAAUGGUUACCUAUUUCCUAUGCCUAUUGCACUUGGACCUCAUCCACAUCCCUCCUAUGAUGCAACUGCAGUGUACAGGGGCUUCUGGACAGCAUUCAUUGUGCUGGCUGUCACUGCCUGCCUUGUAGGAGGAUUUCUCUUGGUGUGUGGCAUGCCCUUUGUCCAUGCACGAUUCUAUAAAGUAGGAGGCGGAUUCCUUAUCACAGCUGGUGGUUUAUUUGCCCUGCUCAUAUUUAUGUUUGUGAUGUGGAAGGAAUUUGCUGCCGAUCUCAAGAAGUACAUACUUCUAGAAAGAAGUGAAAGAUGUCUAGACAACAGUCCUGUGAAUGUUUAUUAUGGGUGGUCCUUUAUGUUUGCUGCAGUUGGAGCCCCCUUAGUGUUCCUUUCUGGCCUCCUCUUCUACCUUGUUGGCCAUACUAUCCUGAAGGAGCUGGAGUAACAGAACUGGACCUCUGUGAGAAACAUGUAGGAGGGAAACACUUUGGUGCCAUCCAGAAAUGAGGCGGAAUGUCUUGGCAACGGGGACAGCAUUUACAGAAAUAUUGGUGUCACUUAAGUACUUGGUGAGAAAGUACUCUAAAAUAAUGGUGGUGGGUCAUUUUAGCACAGGGUUGGGGAACCUGAGGUCUGGGGACCAAAUGCGGCCCUCCAUGUCUAUCUGGCUCUUGGGAGUCUCUCCAGACCAGUCUUGAUGGUAUAUUUUUGCCUGGCUAGAAUGUGUCUGUGAAUCAGUAGGAUUCAUAUCUACUGCUCCAGAAAUUUAACUAGGUUAUGACCAGAUUUGAGAGUUUACCCAGUGGAGAGCGGUGGCUCCGAUAUCAGCGAGGCAGUGAAUCUGCUCUGGGUUUUAGUCCAAAAUUUCAAGGAGCUCCUUGAAAAAUUUGGACUAAAACCUGGAGCAGAUUCAUUGCCCCACUGACAUCAGAGCCACCAGUCCCCACUGAGUUUUUCCUCACUUCCAUGUCUGCAAAACCUACUUUUAAACAACUGGGGUGGCAGGAGAAUGAUCAAAUUCUGCAUGGCCUACCACAGGGGUUCCCAAACUGUGGUCCACGGAGCACAAGUGGUCUACAAGCGCCAUUCAGAUGGUCCAUGGCAUGCCUGUAUUACAUAUUCAUGUUGAUUUUAAUUGAUUUUAAUGUGAAUUCUAUGGCAUGCAAACUGGAAUGCAAUAAAAUACAACAUAAGAAAUAAAACAAGCAAUAAAAAUAAAAUUUAAAAAUCAUGCAGCAGCUAGCGCAGCACAAGACAAUUGCCACAAAGGCAGAAAAAUCACAAAGUGGUCCGCCAAGACCAUCAGCAAUUUUCAGUGAUCCAUGGGGGAUAAAGUUUGAGAAUCACUGGCCUGCCAGAUACUGGACUUGCCCAAGAAACUCAAUGACAUGUAUCUCUCAAUCCACUGCCCCCAUGGAAAUCUCACACAUUGAACAGCCUCCCCAUCCAUUUCCAUUGGGUCAGUGGGUCCAUGAAUGCACUUCUGGUGCAUGUGGGUUGGUCCCUUCCAUUGACAUAAAUAGGGAACUCCACAUGUAUCAAAAUCCCUGUUCAAGCUGGAAUAGUCACUGGCCUAAUGCAGAUGCUUACCUGGGCUGGAGAUCCUGUUCCCAGGGUGGACAGAUAAGGAUGCAUCAUUCCCCAUCGUCAUCAUAACAUAAUGUGUGAUGUGAGCAAUUCAUGUGGAUGCCUGUAUGAUUAACCUGUGUAAUUCUUAACACUCAAAUAGAGGGGAAAAUAUGGAGUGACUUGGAUCUCCAAAUUUUUUAGGGGAGGUCCUUUAGUCAAGCUGUCCUCUGUGGGAAUUCACCCCUCAAUCCUGAAUGGCUACGUUAAGAUGUUACCAAUCAAGGUUUAUAAUCUUUGUCCCUAAAUUUAAGCAGAGCCGUAUCAUGAGUGUGCGUGCAAUCAUCUUCAGUGGGUUAAAGCUUGCACUGCAGUGAGUCUGCCUGGUGAAAAGCUGGCUGUGUCUUCAAUAUUUAUAUUAAACACAGUUAUAAAUAUUCAA